UGCCGCUUAGAACGAAUUGUUGUGUGUGUUUGGUUCUCGCUCGUUAGCGUGUUGAUUUAUUUAGUUUUUAUUUUGUUUUAUUUGACUGCCGCUGUUUGUUGUGUAAAAAUGGGGCAAAGUGAGCAGCGCAGCGAACGCAAGGAGCAGGACGAAAGCAGAAUGGAGAUACUACUCGAGCUGAAUCUCAAGCAAAAGCUGGCCACCCGCCUGGGCAUUCUGCUGGUGGGCAGCAUAAUCUUUGUGCUCUGGUGCUGGGACAGCGCCCUGGCCAGUUUGACGCUGGGCGCGCUCUUGGCGCUAAUGCUGCGCAAUCCAACGAAUGUCUAUGCAUUUGUUAUGACCUGCAAGCGAGAUGUAAUCGCUUUUCAUCGCUUUGUGGGGCUGAACAUUUAUUUGCUGCGUCGGGAUCGUCGAGGCUGCAGUGUGGCUCAUUGCUUUGAGCAAACGGCGCAGCUGCAGCCACAGAAGAUUUGCUUUGUGCUGGGCGAGCAGCGCUUGAGCUUUGCGGAGGCGUUGCAGCUGUCGCAGCGUGUGGCAGGUUAUUUUCAGUCGCAGGGCUUGCAACGCGGCGACUGCGUGGCGCUGCUAAUGGAAACGCGCGUGGAGUACGCACCGAUAUGGCUGGGACUGAGCCAGCUGGGUGUGAUCAGCGCGCUAAUUAAUACGAAUCUGCGUGGCGACUCCUUGCUGCACUGCAUCAGCGUAGCCAAAGCCAAAGCGCUGAUUGUGGGCAGCGAGCUGAGUGAAGCGCUGCAGGCUUUACCGCCCAUGGAGCUGCCUUUGUAUGAAUAUGCGGAUGAGUCGCAGUCGCUGCAGCUGGCGCAGGCAACGCCGCUGCGACCUGCGCUGGCCACACAGCCGCCUUCGACUGCUAAGCUGGCCAGCUCACGUGACAAGCUGCUCUACAUUUACACCUCGGGCACCACGGGCAUGCCCAAGGCGGCGGUCAUUACCAAUCUGCGCUUUCUGUUUAUGUCCGCCGGCACUUUCUAUAUGCUGCGCGUGCUGCCCGAGGAUGUGGUGUACAAUCCGCUGCCGCUGUAUCAUAGCGCUGGGGGCAUGGUGGGCGUGGGCAUGGCGCUGCUCAAUGGCUGCAGCGUGGUGCUGCGCAAGAAAUUCUCCGCCUCGCAGUUCUGGAGCGACUGCCAGCGACAUCGCUGCACUGUGGCUCAGUACAUAGGCGAGCUGUGUCGCUAUUUGCUGGCCACGCCCUUCAAUCCCGAGCAGCCGCCGCAGCAUCAGCUGCGUCUUAUGUACGGCAACGGGCUGCGACCGCAGAUUUGGACGCAGUUCGUCUCGCGCUUCAACAUACCGCACAUUGGUGAAAUCUAUGGCGCCACCGAGGGCAACUCCAAUCUGAUUAACAUCACAAAUCGCACUGGCGCCAUUGGCUUCGUGCCCGUCUUUGGCCGCAGCAUUUAUCCCGUGCAGAUUCUGCGCUGCGAUGAGCUCACGGGCGAGCCGCUGCGCAACUCCAAGGGCCACUGCAUGCGCUGUGCGCCAGGUGAGCCCGGCCUGCUGGUGGGUCAAGUGGAUGCGCGACGCGCCACAAGCGCCUUUCAUGGCUAUGCGGACAAGCAGGCGUCGGAGAAGAAACUGCUGCGUAAUGUUUAUGCCAAGGGCGAUUGCUACUUCAAUUCCGGCGACAUGGUCGUCGGCGAUAUUUUGGGCUACUUCUACUUCAAGGAUCGCACGGGCGACACGUUCCGCUGGCGCGGCGAGAAUGUGGCCACCCAAGAGGUGGAGGCCAUUAUCACCAACUGCAUUGGACUCAGCGACUGCGUUGUCUACGGCGUGCAGAUACCGCACGUGGAGGGCAAAGCCGGCAUGGCGGCCAUUAUGGAUCCGGAGCGCAAAGUGGACAUGGAUUAUUUGUCGAUUGUGAUACGUGGCAGUUUGCCGCCCUACGCCCGCCCACUGUUCAUACGCCUGCUGGCCGAAAUUCCACGCACGGCCACGUUCAAGCUGAAGAAGCGCGAACUGGCGCUGGAGGGCUAUAAUCUGGAGGCCAUAACGGAGCCCAUUUACUACCUGAAUCGUGAUGGCGUCUAUAGGCAGCUCACGGCCGAGCAGCAUGCGCUGCUGCUGGCGGGCAAGGCGGGACUGUAGAAAGGGGGUGGGGGUGGGGGCUGGGCACUCAGCUCUUUAGCUCUAGCUUAUACUUACUUGCAAAUGUAUUUUGAACACUUAAAAGAAAGGACUGAUGCUACUUUAGCCAAAGCCGAGCGCGUUUCUUUCGCAUAACUUGCCCAUAAAACUGGCAGCUGAACCGAUAAUGGCCGCCAAUACAUUUCAGUUGUGCUGUGGCGGCAGCGUAGGGCGUGCGAGUGGGGGGGUGGGGCCAAGAUAUAUCGAAAGUGUU